AUGUCUGAGACAACACCCUUUGUACCAGAGGAUUUCAAAUAUUCAACAAGUGUCAGUUCAUGCGAGAAUGAAAUAAGAUUAGGGUUUUUAAAGAAUGUCUAUUCGAUCUUGCUCUUUCAGUUGACUUUAACCUUUGCAUUUGGACUAUACGUUUAUAACACCCCAGGCUUACAAUUAUUCAUUAUAACGAAACCGUGGCUCAGUUUUAUAGCCAUUUUCAUCGGGUUGGUAACAUGUAUAUGGCUAAGUUUUGCUCCAUCCUCCACUGAUGAGGAAAAUGAACCAUGGUACGUACUAUCCUUCCCUCAGCAGUUAGCAUUAUUGAUACUUUUCACAAUGGCAGAAGCUUACUCAUUAUCCAUAGUGGUGGUUAUUUAUAAAGGAGAGGUCAUACUUAAUGCCGUUAUGAUGACUUUGUUCGUUGUUAUCGGAAUCACCAGUACUUUGCUUUCUACAAACUAUUUCCAGAUAUAUGACUUCCAAAAAUGGUACUAUUGGUUGAAUAUGUUUUUGUGGGUAAUGAUAGGGUUCUCAAUAUCAUCUAUUUUCUUCCACUUUGACACAAAUACAGACUUGUUAAUGAGUUGGGUUGGAGUUAUUCUCUUCACAGUCUAUAUAUUCGUCGACACGCAAUUAAUCCUAAGAAAAGUUCUCGUCGGUGAAGAGAUCAAAUGUGCUAUGAUGUUGUAUUUGGAUAUCAUCAACCUAUUUUUAUACAUUCUACGGAUCAUGUCAAGAAAUCAAGACGAUUAA